AGGCGUAUCGUCAACCGAAAAGUGAUCGACAAAAUUCAAAUACCAAACUUUUUUACCGUUAAAAAGUAAGCAGCGUCGUGCACUUAUUGCUGCUGACGUUUUUUCUGUUGCCGCAAUGCUGUGCCACCAAGUUACGCAAAGCCGCGUUGCAAGCUUAACAUUGCCGUCGCUGAAUCGAGCGGAUUCGUAUAAAUAACCGCCACAACCGACGACAAAGCAUCAAUUCAACAUCAACAACCGUUAAUACAGCAUCAGUAAACAGUAAAUAUGAAAUAUUUGCAAAUCUUCCUCGUUUUUGCCAUCUGUAUGGCCGCAUGCCUGGCAGCCGUUGCCGAGCCGGAGGAUGCUAGUGCCAGCUUGGAGGAGAAGAAGACCAACAAGCGUGGUAUAUACGGUUUCGGUUAUGGACAUGGCUAUGGUCACGGUUUUUACGGCGGUUACGGCGGUUAUGGCGGUUACGGCGGGUACGGCCAUUAUGGCGGCUAUCCGCAAUAUGGAGGCGGCUACGGCUUCCAUGGCGGUCCACUCCUUGGGGGACAUGGUUACUUCCCUUACCAUGGUGGUUAUUAUGGUGGAUAUCAUUAAGUGGCUCAAGCGUUUUCACGCCAUAAAGUGUUCGUAUGGAGCGGGGUGUGCUUUGUCAAAUGUUUGACGUUUUCAGCCGAAAAUAAAGAUUUUUCUAAAAAAACCUGAAAA